AUGCCGAACCAAGGCGCCUCCCCCGUCGCGGAAUUCAGCGGGCGCAGUGCCAGCGCCAACGACAGCUUGGCCCCCACGCACACCGUCACCUCGCUGUCGGACGAGCCUGGGGACGACGACGACGACGUCGUGGAGCAGGACCCGUCAGGCCGCUUCUCCCGGUAUGCCAGCCAGGUGGGAUCGGGUCGGUUCAAGCAGGUGUACCGUGGCUUUGACGAGAAGCGGGGCCUGGACAUCGCCUGGAGCAAGAUAACGGCGGCCACCACGGGCCUGACCCAGGACCAGAUGAUGCGGGCGGUGGAGGAGAUCUCCAACGGCGUGGGCCUGGACCACCCCAACGUCAUCCGCUGCUACCAGUGCUGGCUGGACGAGGAGGCGGCGUGCAUCAACCUCAUCACCGAGUUCUUCACCUCGGGCAACCUGCGGGACUAUCGCCAGCGACACAAGAACCUGGACGUGAAGGCGGUGAAAAAGUGGAGCCGCCAGGUCCUGCUGGGCCUGUCCUACCUCCACAACAACACCUCCGUCAUCUGCCACGGGGACCUCAGAGCGGACAAGCUGUACAUCAACGGCCACAGCGGGGAGAUCAAGAUUGGGGACCUGGGUCUGGCAGUCCUGGUGCCCAAGCGAUUUGCGCCUGACGUGAUGCCCGAGGGCGACCCCAAGGACCAGUACACCCCGCCCAUCGACAUCUUCGCCUUCGGCCUGGUGGUGCUGGAGCUGGUGACGGGGCGCAAGAUGGACCGCGACCACCAGGCGCGCGGCCUCUGGCAGGCGGCGCUGGACGAGGUGGCCGACCCUCUGGCCUUGGCCUUUGUGGAGCGCUGCCUGGCCAGCGUGGAGGACCGCCCCAGUGCGCUGGAGCUGCUGGAGGACCCCUUCCUGCAGACGCCGCGCAAGUCGGCGGGCGGGGCGCCGGGGGAGGGCGAGGGCCUGCGCCGCAACCGGUCGGAGGCCGGGGCCACUCAGGGCGCCGGCCAGCCCGAGGAUGCCCCCAGCCGCGCCCCGCUUUCCUGGUCAGACGAGGAGAGACGCGCCGAGUGCGAGGCCGGUUUCGUGCGCGGCGAGGACUACCUCUUCCAGUUCUCUGGCAAGAUCCGGGGGGGGAAGCUCCACUUCCGCUUGCACAUGCAGUACGAGGGCGAGGGGGGGCCGGAGGUGGACACCAGCUCCAAGACCAUCGACUUCGUGUACGACCCCGACGCCGACACGCCCGACGAGAUCGCGGCCGAGAUCUCCAACGAGUUCAACCUGAGCUCCACGGACCGCGACAUCUGUGCCGCGGCCCUCAAGGAGUGGCUCGCCAAGGAGAUGGACGACCGGGACUGA